AGAACUCACCGUUGUCUUGGUUACAGUCCGGAAGUACUAGCAGAGCAUCGUUAGCAUGCUAACUCUGCGCUCAUCUCUGUCCGGUUUUCUAUGUCCGAAAUAUCCUUGAGGAAACAAGAGAUGAGCAACGAUGACGUCAUCAAGCACGUCACGUGCACGGUCAAACCUCCCGCCUACCUUCACUUCGGGGACUCCAAGGAGGACCCCAGUCACUCGGGCGUCUGCGUGCUGGACGUCAACCUCCCCUUUGGAAAAAGCGUUAACGUUGAGGCGAUCUCCUUCAAGAACUCCUACACGGCCUUUGUAAGCGUGAGGCUGCAGAGGCGGACCCCUGGCCAGGAGGCGGCGGCGGCCAAGUGGGUCACGGCUGUCAGGGACCUCCCGCUGAUGAAGAACCCCCAUACCGAGGCGGGCUCGCAGGACUUCUACGCCAUCCGUAGGACACAGAUGGGAGUAGAGGCGGACCACGUCACGGCCCUGAGACUGAUCCUGAGACAGCCGUCCUGUGCCUGGUUAACUUUCAGCCUGGAGGACAUCCGCAUCUUCCCUCGCACGCAGACUGAAACUGACAAGGAGCUCUCUGAUUGGCUGUCUGCUCUGACCCUCGUUGACCGCCAUUCUGACGUUGAGGAGGGUCUCCCGGACCCUCAGACAGUUUCGUGCAGUCUUCAGCAGAUGUGGGCGUUGACUGAGGUGAUGCAGAGCAGUCAAAGCUCCGCCUCUAUCGGACGCUUUGAUGUGGAUGGAUGCUACGACGUCAAUGUCUUAUCUGUGACAUAAACAUAGCAUUUUUAUAGUUAUACUGUAUGUGACAUAGACAUAAUUAUAGUUAUGCUGUUUGUGACAUUAUCAUGUAAAUACAGUAGAUCCUUGCUACCGUAUUUUUCGGAGUAUAAGUCGCACCAGCCGAAAAUGCAUAAUAAAGAA